CUCCCUCCAGGCCUAAAUGAAUAAAGACAUGACACUGAGAUUGAAGUCUAGUUCUACUUCAGAACCACAGAGACAUGAGCACCAGCAAGUUUGAGGUUGGGUAAAGAUCUUCAGAACUCCUCAGCUUCAGAUAGUCAAGCACUGCUUCGUCCCUUCUUCAAUGGCAUCUCUAGCAUACAUACUUACCUCCCUUAAAUGCAACAUUGUAGCAUUUUCUGAUGGAAGGGGCACGACAGGGUCCAUGCCUUCACCUCCUCUGGCCAACUCUAAUCAUGAAUCUCCUGUGAAUCAGCUGGGAAACCUGCAGAAUAUGAGAUUGGAGCCUUCAUUCAUACUAACUGGAGUUUUCCUUGACAAUGGUAGAAUAGAAGCUUCUCCAUUCUUUAGAGAUGAAUUUGUUUUAGGUAAGAUCUUCCCAGAGUACAAAAGAAAUUUAUUCUGGAAAUUUCAAACUAAGAUGGCCUCCUCACUGGAACUGGAUCUACCAUCCUUUUUUUCUCAGUGUCUUAUUGUUUAUGUUUUAGAUCUUUUGCAAGGUGAGCUACACCUCUAAGAGGAGCUCCUGGAAAUUACCAGAGAUACUUAAUAUUGCCAGCUCUACAGAUGGAGGUGAUGCACCUUGAUGAGGAAUGAGUACUGAGCCUGAAUCCUACAAAUGGGAAAAGGUGUUCAUAUCAGACUUAUGCAUUAGAUAUCAAACUACAAAAUACAAGUACAGUUGAUACCUGUUUAGAUGACGUAGAGCAAGCUAACAGAGUAUGUAUUAAAAGCAAAAAUUCCCAUGAAGUUAAACUGUUACCCUCUGCCAAAACCUCCCACUCUCAAGUUUUAAGAGCCAAUAAGCCUUGUAUCU